CCUACUCCCCUCACUACUCCUCUCCCCUUCCGCGCCUCGGGUCCUCCUCCCUGCUUCCCUCCUCACACCAGCCGACGGCGGGCGGGGCGAGCUUCAGGUGAAGCCUGAGCUUGCAAGUCGUUUCGCUCACGGAGGACGGGUGACGUUCAAUUAGUACAGGUGCCCGAUGGCAAAUCGUUACACUCCACUGAGGUUUAUUCCUCUGCUGUUGUUGAUCUCCGCUUGUUUCGCUUCUCAAGCCGAUAUCGAAUGCUUGAGAUCUGUUAAGCAGUCAGUCAUUGACCCCAAUGGUGUACUCAAUUCCUCAUGGAAUUUCAACAAUGCCACUGCUGGUUUCACAUGCAAAUUUACCGGUGUCGAGUGUUGGCACCCGGACGAGGACAGAGUUCUUUCUUUGCGCCUCAGCAACCUUGGUCUCCAGGGCUUGUUUCCGAGAGGUCUUCAGAAUUGCACCAGUAUGACUGGGCUGGACCUGUCAAGUAACAGCUUCACAGGGCCCAUCCCUGCAGACAUCUCCCGCGAAGUGCCCUAUUUGACAUCACUGGACCUCUCCUACAAUAGUUUUUCAGGCGGUCUCCCGCAGAAUAUAUCAAACAUGACAUACCUAAACACCCUCAGUCUCCAACAUAACCAGUUCAGUGGUCAAAUUCCACUGCAGUUCAGUCUUCUUACUCGGUUAACUGCAUUCAAUGUCGCAGACAACCAACUAUCAGGGCCUAUUCCAUCUACACUAAAGAAUUUCUCGGCGUCAAACUUUGCUGGUAAUCCAGGGCUAUGUGAAAGUCCAUUGGAUCGGUGCCAGGCUUCAUCAAAGAGCAAAAACACUGCGGCAAUCAUUGGAGCUAUUGUUGGUGUCGUAGUUGUGAUAAUAAUUGUUGUGAUAGUUGUGUUUGUGUGCCUGCGGAAAUUACCAGCCAAGAAGGCAAAAGCUGAUGAAGAUAAUAAGUGGGCAAAGAGUAUCAAAGGAACAAAAACAAUCAAGGUGUCUAUGUUUGAGAAUCCAGUUUCAAAGAUGAAAUUAAGUGAUCUUAUGAAGGCUACCAAACAAUUCAGCAACGAAAACAUCAUAGCUACUGGGAGGACAGGGACUAUGUACAGGGCAGUGCUACCUGAUGGUUCUUUUCUUGCUGUCAAAAGGCUACAAGAUUCACAGCAUUCUGAAUCACAGUUCACUGCUGAGAUGAAGACGCUAGGCCAAGUAAGGCAUCGCAACUUGGUUCCUCUCCUAGGAUUUUGCAUUGCUAAGAGGGAGAAGUUGCUGGUGUACAAGCACACGCCCAAAGGUUCACUCUAUGAUCAGUUACACGAAGAGGGAAAAGAUUGUAAGAUGGAUUGGCCUCUGAGGUUAAGAAUCGGCAUUGGUGCAGCAAAGGGCCUUGCAUAUCUUCACCACACAUGCAAUCCUCGAAUCCUUCACCGUAAUAUAAGUUCCAAAUGCAUCCUCUUGGACGAGGACUACGAGCCGAAGAUUUCGGAUUUUGGGCUUGCUAGGCUUAUGAAUCCCCUAGACACCCAUCUCAGCACCUUUGUCAAUGGAGAAUUUGGAGAUAUUGGUUAUGUGGCACCAGAGUAUGGGAGCACCCUGGUGGCCACGCCAAAGGGGGAUGUCUACAGCUUUGGCGUGGUUCUGCUCGAGCUUGUCACCGGUGAGAGGCCUACUCAGGUUUCCAAUGCUCCGGACAAUUUCAGAGGAAAUCUAGUAGAGUGGAUCACUUACCUGUCGAACAAUUCGAUUCUACAAGACUCAAUCGACAAGUCGUUGAUCGGGAAGGACGCUGAUAGUGAGCUGAUGCAAUUCCUGAAAGUCGCAUGUUCUUGCACAGUCUCCACUGCGAAAGAGAGGCCCACCAUGUUUGAGGUUUAUCAGCUCCUCAGAGCCAUAGGGGAGAAGUACCAUUUCUCGGCCGGGGAUGACUUGAUGCUGCCACCUCUAACCACGGAUGGAGAAACACCAGACGAGCUUAUCGUCGCCAUGUAACUGCAAAUCAAGUAUGAUCCUGAGCAAAGGCGCUCCACCUUGUAUGAUCCUUAUUUUUUCGAUGGGCAUUACCAUGCUCGAGUAGCAGCGGUACGCUGCAUGCACUGUUGUGUAUAUAUAGUUCUUGUAGUUUGGUUCUUCUCCACCCUUGGGCGGUGGUGCUAGUAGCAGCGAGGAUAAUUUUCAUAUGACCUGCUUGGGAAAGUGGUACCUGUUAGUUAGCUAAUUCUUGUGUCACUAUGUGAUUAUGCCAUUA